CGGGCCGAGAUGGGGGACGCCAUGGCCGGGGACUGGGCCGGCUUUUCGGAGCAGGAGCUGCGGAGACUCCAGGGAAAGCGCCCAGAACUUUCAGAAGCGCCGCCCGAACAGCAGCAUCGUCCAUCUUCUAUAAACAAAAGUCGGCAACAGCUGCAGCGCAAAAAGCCUGUGCAGCAGUUAUGUGGCAAACCAGAAACACAAGAUGGGGCAGUCUUGGCACCUCCAGAGCAGCGGCUUUCUGCACCCAAACCCUCACUGUCUUCUCCCCAGACAUCUGUGCCGCCGGCCCAGUCUCCUUCAUUCAGAGAGCAGCGCGGUGCCAUAAAUCAGCGGGUUCAACCUGGACUUGAGCAAUCUUCCAACGGAGACGAAAGAACUCAGAAUCACUCCACAGAGCCGAGCUGUAACCCUGAAAGAAAGAAAAUGGAAUUGCAAGAGAAGCCUCAUUGGGAGGUCCUUCAACAGGAGCAGAAGCUUAUGGAAGAAAAGAACAAACGCAAGAAAGCUCUCCUAGCCAAAGCAAUUGCUGAAAGGUCCAAACGAACACAGGCCGAGACAGUGAAGCUGAAACGGAUUCAAAAAGAGCUCCAAGCUUUGGAUGACUUGGUAUCCGCUGACGUUGGGAUCCUGAGAAACCGCAUUGAUCAAGCCUGUUUGGACUACUCCUCUGCUCGGAAGCGUUUUGAUAAGGCAGAAGCAGAGUACGUGGUUGCAAAGCUGGACCUCCAAAAGAAAUCGGAAAUCAAGGAGCAGCUCACGGAGCACUUGUGCACGAUCAUCCAGCAAAACGAGCAGCGCAAGGCCAGGAAACUGGAGGAGCUGAUGCAGCAGCUGGAAGUGGUAGUGGACGAAGAGAGCCUGGAACUCGAGAUCGAGGUGGAGCAGAUGCUGCUGCAACAGGAGGGGGGCGCGCUUGGGCAGGGGGUCCAGUUGCGGAAGCCUGUUCCCCCUGCUGCAGAGGUUACAACCCCCCAGGGUAACAGCCAAGAAGACAAGAUCGAAAGCCUCCAAGCCGGAGGUUCGGAACAGUUAGUGGAAAAGACUGCAGAUUCUUAUUCUGGGGACCAGGGUCAUUCGAUGAGAUAGUAUGCUCUUGCAUCCAGAUUGAGAAUUUGGACUAAUUAAUUCCACCAAGAUGCCCUUUUUUUUUUCAAAACAUUUAGCCCAGGGGUCAAGAGCGGGUGGAUUCUAAUCUGGGGAACCGGGUUUGAGUCCCUACUCCACCUGAUUGGCAAAGGCUUAUCUG